ACGCUGGAUCUGGGGUACUUUGUGUGUCCAGUAUCCCACUUACUACUAGUUUCUAGAAAUUCAGCGCUAUUCAGUUUUGUAUGGGCGACCAGAUCGCAUGCAAUGCCAGGUAUGACAUUAAACAACAGCGAGAAAUUGAGAAAGCAAUCGAGGCGCCACACCAGCUCUCUUCCUUCACUUCCUCAUGGCAACCCCAGUUAUUGUUGGUGUAAGGGCUAUCACAGCUACCCUCGUGCGUAGUGGGAUUAUUGGCAAACGGGCAGUAGAUCAAUGGGUGAAGGGUGGUUUUAAAGCGAAGAUAGAUCGCAAGGAGGCUAUUGCAAUCCUUGGGCUCAAGUUCGCAGUUUCAGCACAUUCUAUAGUGUUGUUGGCAAUACUACGCCAUUGCGCCGCGCCAGUUUUGGCACUCUGGCAAUUGCCGGCAAACUCGGAGCUAUAUGUUUUUACCGUGUGUUGAACUGUAUCAUUUGUACCGUCCUGUCGUGCAUACCCCCUGCACUUGGGACAUCUUAAAAUGCUUGACGAAAAGCAUCCUGGUGGC